AUGGGCCGCCAUGUAACCAUCUGGUCAGCCGCGUUCCUGGCCACGGGCGGCUUCCUCUUCGGCUUCGACUCGGGCAUCAUCACCUCCACAAUCGCCCUCCAGACGUUCAAAUCCUACUUCAACCCCUCUGACGCCGUCGCGGCCGGCAUCGUAUCCUCCUUCCAGGGCGGCGCCAUCCUCGGCACGAUUAUCAACAUGAUUUGCUCCGACUGGCUCGGCCGCCGCAACACCGUGUUCCUCGGCUCGCUCAUCUCCAUCAUGGGCUCCGCGCUCCAGGCCGGGUCGGAGAAUCUCGUCGCUCUCAUUGUUGGGCGGUUCGUCGGCGGGACGGCCGUAGGUGUGCUGACGUCUACGAUUCCCAUGUACGCCUCGGAACUCGCGCAGGCGAGACAUCGUGGGAAACUGUCGGGUCUGUUGCAGUGGAUGCUGAGUUGGGGAUUCCUGGUUGCGCAAUGGUUGGGUUAUGGGUGUUCCUUUGUGACGAAUGACUUUUCAUGGCGUUUCCCACUGGCAUUCCAAUGCAUCCCCGGCAUCAUCAUCGCAACAGGAAUCUACUUCCUCGAAGAAUCUCCCCGCUGGCUCGUCGAAAAGGGCCGCUACGCCGAAGCCCGCUGCAGCCUCGACAAACUCCGCGUCGGCGUCGACGAAAAGGCCGUCGACGUGGAAUACAACGAGAUCCGCCACGCCGUCCGCACCCAGUCCGCCCUGCGCGAGAACGGCAAUCUCUGGAAGGCCAUCAUCACAAAACCCUCCUGGCGGAAACGCCUCCUCCUGGGCUGCGGCGUCCAGGCGUUUUCCCCGCUCUCGGGUAUUAAUGUAAUCAACUAUUUCGGCCCCCGCAUCUACGAACUCCUAGGCAUUGGAACGCAGACUUCGCUCAUGAUCAUCGGCAUCAAUGGCGCGCUGGGGAUUAUAUACAACACCGUCGGCCUCUGGCUCCUCGACCACAUAGGCCGCGUAAGACCCCUCAUCGCGUCAGCAGUAGGCCUAGCCGCCGCCCUCCUCGUCAACGCCGUCCAGUUCCAGUACCUAGACCGCUCCAACGCAGACCAACUACGCAGCAUGGUCGCCAUGAACUUUGUCUUUGGCUUCUUCUUCACGCCCUUGGGCAUCAUAAGCUGGGUCUACCCGGCCGAGAUCUUCCCCCUCGAGAUCCGCGCCCUCGGCAACGCGCUCACGACGUUUACCAACUGGACCAUCAACCUCGUCCUCGUCUCCUUUUCGCCGCAGGCCCUCACGGCCGUGGGAUUCAAGUUCUUUUACGUCUUUUUCGUCUUCAACGUCGUCGCGGCGCUGUGUUACUACUUUUUCUACCCCGAGACGUCGGGCCGUACGCUCGAGCAGAUGGACGAGCUUUUUGGCGAUUAUGUGCCCAUGUCGGAGCAGAGUGCACUUGGGACUGUCAUUACAGGGUCCGACAGCUCAAGAGGGAAAGGUGGCAAGUACGGCUCGUUUUCCGUUCAUGAGCGUGUGUCCUCCACUGCGGUGUAA